AUGCAGCUGGAUAGCCUGGAUGACUGGAUUCUCUACGUCGAGAGGAAUCCUCUAGUUAUCCUUUUCUUGGUCCUGGCAACCUGGCUGUUCAGCCUAUGGAACCGAAGACAGCUUGAUGUCUACAGCCAUGAACCCUCACCAGAAUCAACGGGCUAUCCGCCCAUUGAACCGCUGCCCGAUUUCAACUGGGAAACCGCCGAACCGCUAUGCUUCCGGCCCUUCAAGCCCAAAUACCAUCUGACAAUGGCGCUGUCCUCUCUUGACCCCUCCACCCUCAUCCCUAUGGAUAAGACAUAUAAGGACCGGCUGGCUCUUCGCGCUAAUCUCCUGCACCAAUACCCUGACGUCGUCAUCGCUAUCAAUGAUCCCGAGGAUACCCACGUCCUUGCCGCUAUCAAUGAACUCUACACGUUCGUCGUGGGCUCUUAUCUUCCCACCCGAUAUCCCCGGAUGUUCCGAGCGAUCCAGACUGCGGAGAAGCACACCGUCCUGCAUAGUCUCGUCACCGGCCAACAGGCACCCCUGGACUGGACCGCAACCCCUCAGAACGGCCGCCGACAGCUCGAAAUCCUCGGCUCUCUCGUUGACGAGGACUUUCUCAUCCUCUUACCAGAAUCUUCUCCAUCGUCGCCCAGCCAGGACCCGGAUCCACAAUUCACCACCUCCCAGAAAGAAGAAACAGAAGAAACAGAACCCAAAUACGUCCUCCGCGCAUACACCGCCUACUUUCCAUCCGGCUUCAACCCAGCCGAGAAGAUCGGUCUGAGGCUCGCGAACAUCCACGCCCCGGUGCCAGGGUACAAGGAGAAGCUGGAACGCAGCAUGGACCGGUUCUUUGCGCGCGUUGAAGUCGGCAAGUUCGUGCAGCGGGUCAAUUGGAGCGUCACGACGGAGACGGACUUGUUUGCUGCGUUCGGCGGCGUGCAUGGUUCUGAGGGGGAGGGCGGGGCGAUUGAGGAGGGUGGGUUGAAUGUUGAUUCGACCCUCCUCCGCUGCGAACGCCAAACGCUCCAUCGCCUCCCCCGCUCCAAAGCCCUCGUCUUCGCCUUCCACACAUACACGUAUCCGAUCCAAUCCGUCAAAGACGAAGGGCUCGGCGAGGAUCUGGCCCGAGCGAUUGACGGGCUUAAGGAGGGGAAUGUGCCUGAGAUGCAUUGGUAUAAGAGGGCGCCGGUUUGGGGGGAUGCGGUGAAGAGGUUUUUACGAUCUUAG